AUGACGAUCAAGGCACAAUCUGCUGGUGAUGCCAUAGAUUAUAAAUGGAAUCCUACAGACCCCAAUUCUGAUAGUUAUGUCUAUCUUCACUUUGCUGAAAUUGAGGUUCUACCCAAUGGAACGCAGCGGAAGCUCUAUAUUUCUUUAAAUGGUGAACCUUACCCAGGUGAACAACCUAUUAAACUCGAAUACCUAAAGGCAACCACCGUAACUACCUCAAAAUGGCCAAUCAAAGGUGCCCAACUUAGUUUUUCUAUAAGCACGGGCGCGGGUUCUGACCUACCUCCCAUCCUUAAUGGCUUGGAAAUUCUUCAGGCGAAGAGCCUCCUUCUUUUGCCGACAAAUCAGGAAGAUGUUGAUGCCAUCAUGAACAUCAAAAAGAAUGUGACAGCGGAGAAAAAAGAUUGGCAAGGAGACCCAUGUCUCCCAAUCAAUUACACAUGGCAGGGUUUGCAUUGCAGCGAUGAAAAUCCUCCAAGGAUCAUCUCAUUCAUUACCGGCAACUUUCAAAUAGUUAUAGGAAGAGGAGGAUCCGGAACAGUUUAUCAUGGCCGCUUGAAAGAUGGCACUCAAGUUGCUGUGAAAAUGCUUUCUCCAUCAUCAACCCAAACAAAGGAAUUCCACACUGAGGUACAACUCUUGAUGAGAAUUCAUCAUAGAAACUUAGCUACACUUAUAGGGUAUUGUGAUGAAGGUACUAAUAUGGCACUCAUCUCUGAAUACAUGGCUAAUGGAAAUGUGAAGCAGCAUCUAUCAGAAAUGGUGGUUGUUGAAGCUGGCAAAGAGGGAUCAGUUAAGUCAAAAACCCGAAAGUUUACCUUUUCUGAGAUUGUGAGCAUUACCGGCAACUUUCAAAUAGUUAUAGGAAGAGGAGGAUCCGGAACAGUUUAUCAUGGCCGCUUGAAAGAUGGCACUCAAGUUGCUGUGAAAAUGCUUUCUCCAUCAUCAACCCAAACAAAGGAAUUCCACACUGAGGUAUGUUACAGCAGUUUGGUAGAGGUUCUUUUCACUAGUUACUAA